AUGGAUAAUCCUACUCCCAGUAGACUCUCCCUUGCCAUGGAGAGAACAGGGCAAUGGGUUUUCUCUCAAGAAAUCCCAAGUGAUGUUACAGUUACAGUUGGAGAAGCCUCUUAUUCUCUCCAUAAGUUCAUGCUGGUGGCAAAGAGCAACUAUAUCAGAAAGGCGAUGAUGGAAUCAAACGAGAGUGAACUCACCAGUUUAGACCUCUCGGACAUACCCGGCGGGCAAGAAGCUUUUGAGAAAGCAGCUAAAUUCUGUUACGGCGUCAACUUCGAGAUAACAGUCAACAACGUGGCGCCUUUGCACUGUGCCGCCGUGUUCCUCCAGAUGACUGAUGAGUAUUGCGACGGAAACCUUGCUGGAAGAACAGAAGGCUUUCUCUCUCAGGUUGCACUCACAACUCUUACCGGCGCAGUCAUGGUUUUAAAGUCCUGCCGUCAGCUUUUACCUGUCGCCGAAGAAUUAAACAUUGUCAAACGCUGUGUUGACGUGGUCAGCAUAAAGGUGUGCAAUGAAGCAAACUUCCCCAGCCGCUCGCCGCCGAAUUGGUGGACGGAGGAGCUCGCCGUACUUGAUGUUGAUUCAUUCGGGAAAGUGAUCAACGCCAUGAAACAACGAGGCGCCAAGUGCCUAACACUAGCCGGAGCAUUUAUUACCUACACAGAACGCACGCUCCGUGAGCUUGUCCGUGAUCAAUCCGGCGGAGUCGGUGGAAGAAUCCGGCCAUCAGGUUCAACCGACUCCGAUUCAGAAAUAAUAACAGAACAACGCGAGAUUCUACAGUCCAUUGUUCCUUUCUUUCCCUCAGAGAAAGCCGCUUUUCCAAUCAACUUCCUCUGCAGCCUUCUCCGCUGCGCUAUAUACCUCCGCGCCUCAAGUACAUGCAAGCGCGAACUCGAGAAACGAAUCUCCGAGAUUCUCGAACACGUAACAAUUAACGAUCUCCUAGUUCUGUCAUUCACCUACGACGGCGAGAGGCUUCUAGAUCUUGACAGCAUUCGUAGAAUCAUCUCUACUUUCGUGGAAAAGGAAAAAAGCACCACCGUAUUCAGCGCAGGUACCACCUUCGGAGAAAACUGCUCCGCCGCUAUGCUACGUGUGGCCAAAACCGUCGACGCGUAUCUCGCUGAGAUCGCAUCCUACGCUGAACUCACCAUUUCAAAGUUCAACGGAAUCGCUAUUCUCAUUCCAAAAGGCGCGCGAAAACUCGACGAUGAUCUUUAUCGCGCCGUCGAUAUCUACCUUAAGGUGCAUCCAAACCUUGAUGAAUUAGAGAAGGAGAAGGUGUGCAGCGUAAUGGACGCGCUGAAGCUCUCAUAUGAAGCGCGUGUACACGCGUCUCAGAAUAAACGGCUACCGGUUCAGAUCGUGCUACAUGCGUUAUAUUACGAUCAGUUAAAGAUAAGAAGCGGUGCGGCGGAGGAACGUGACGCGGCGGCUGAAAGAAAUCAGUUACAAACGGACGUGACGUUGGUGAGAGAGAACGAGGAGUUACGUACUGAGCUGAUUAGGAUGAAAAUGUACGUUUCCGAUUUGCAGAAGAAUGGAACGACGUCGUCUUCUGGAACUAAAAAGGAAGUGAAAAAAUCAACGUUUUUCUCUUCGGUGUCAAAGAAACUGGGUAAGCUGAACCCGUUUAAGAAUGGGUCUAAAGAUACGUCCAAUAUUGAAGAUGCGGUGGAUUUGACAAAGCCCAGGAGGAGGAGGUUCUCCAUUUCGUAA